GUCGGGCGGGAGCGGACGGAGCGAUCCACCGCUUCUCUUCGUGGAGAACUCAUUCGAAAGUCCUACCACACCGAAGGGCUGCUCAGGUGCAUUGGAAUGAUGAUGACUCAUAUGGUGAUAUCGAUAGAAAUCAGCUCAGCUGAUCCAAAAAGAGGCAACAUCUUCAGAAUCUUUGAGCAGGCCAUCACAGCGGUUUCCGAGAAGGUGGACACGUACCUUCGUGAUGUCAGUAUUGCAGGGAUCCGGAUUGAGACGGAAAAAGAUUGCCUUCACCGAAUCAUCGACAUUCAAGAUGAGCUGUCAAUGAUCAAGCGAGUCAUCCUUCAGCAGGAGGUGGUGUGGAAAUCGUUUGCAAGCAAAGCAUGGCCCGACUACUGGCCGAAUGGCCAAGAUGGAAGUAUGAAUAUCCCCAAAAGCCAUUGGCAGAUCUGGACCAAGCAAGAAGUAGAGGAGUGGGAGUUCAUCCAGAGCGCCGAGUCCAAGUUCAAGGAGUAUUACCGGCGUCUUGCACAGCUCGACGAAGAUGCGCAAAGAGUCGAGCGAUCGGUCACGGCAAUGCUGGACUUGAAAUCAAAACACGCGACGAUUCGAGAAGCUCAUACAUCUGCCAUCAUGAGCGCAGCAGUUGUCGGAUUCACCAUCGUCACCAUCAUCUUCACUCCCUUGUCGUAUAUGGCAAGUCUCUUUGCCCUCCCGAUCAAUACCCUCCAGGACAAACAGUACCCAUCACGAUUCACAAGCGACGCUGGAACCUACCGCAGCAGCUACUUUGCGAAAUGGACUGUGACGGCGGAGAUUGCAACAUUUGCCUUCACCUUCUUUUGCAUGUGGGUUGCAAUCAAAUUCCUCCUUGGCGUAUCCAUCAUACGGCCUAGUUUGAGGUUCAUCUUCCGGCCCAUCAAGGCGGCCGCUCUUCAAGUUGAAACGCUAUACCGCCGCAGUCAUCUAGCGGGAAACAAUAUCAGCAGUCCCAUGAAGUCUUUCUUUCAGCGCAAGAAGCCAAAUACUAUAGACGAGGAAAGGGGCAAUAAGUGAAAAUGGGGGUGGGGCCAUUUUUGCUUUUGCUUCCGAUGCGACAUUCCAUUUAUGAUAAUUUAGUAUCACGUGACUGUAAGACGGAGGACAAUAGACGUCCGUUCUAUAUGGGAAUCUAUCUACCUAUAUACAUCAAGAAAAGAUCACGUGUAGGUCACAUCCACACUAUAUCUGUUCUAGGAUAGUAUAGAUCUAGUAUAGAAUGCUUCCUAUACGUCACGUGCACCUACCGCCCGCAUAACCACCGAGCUCAAGAAUUCCACGCAUUGACGUAUCUUAUUUUCGAAUCAUCCAAAUGGUCUCUUAUCAAGAUUAAGCUGCUAAGAGUUCUCA